AUGGCUUGCACCUCGUCGACCUCCGCUCUCUCGUGCACAGCAGUUGUCGCACUGACUCCACAAAGCGCCGCGACACGGACCGCUGCAACUCUCAGCUGCAAGAAUGCAUUCGGCAGCAGCCUUCGGCUGACAAGCCGCGCGCGGGCUGCGAGGCCCCAGUCGCAGCGCCGCGUCGCGGUGGUGUCGCCGCGGGCGGUGGACAUUCUGACGUGGGACGAGGCAAAGGAGGCGGUGGACAAAGACGGGUACACCAUCGUGGAUAUCCGUGACGUCACGCAGUACGAUCGCGCCAGGAUUCCCGGAAGCGUUCACAUUCCCGCGUUUAUCCUCAACAACGACAAUGACGUGGGCACGAUAAUUCGACGGGCGGCUCACACGAGCAUGCCCGGCAAUCUGUACGGGCUUGCGUUCACCAAGCCCAACCCGGACUUCAUCUCCACCAUCCGCUCCAAGUUCCCCUCGCCUGACGCCAAGAUCCUCUUCGUCUGCCAAGAAGGCCUCCGCUCGCUCUCCGUGGCGUCGGACCUGGAGAGGCUCGGAUACACCGACGUGGUCAUCACGGAGGGCCUCAACAAGCUGAAGCCAGGAGUAUUCCCCAAGGAGGGUCAGAGGGAGCUUCAGGAGGCAGGAAAGGGAGGGUUCGUUUCCAUCCAGAAGGAGUUCUCCAUCGUUCUCGGGUCUAUCCUCAUCUGCGCCAUUCUCUUCCUCAAGUUCUUCCCAGAACAGGCUGAGGUCAUCUUUGGCAGCCUGUAG